AUGCCUCACCAUCGCCGAAGUAAAUCCUACCAACUUCGUGAUCGUCAAAUCGACCCUCAAUUGACCUACGAUGGCAUUAAAACGAAUCCAUUACCAUACAUUGACAAUGACAUUCAUCCCAUUGAUGAUCAUUCUCUUUGUUUAGCGGAACUUUAUUCUGAACACUGGGAUGUAAAUUCAACCACUGAACAAAUCUUUCUUCGUGAUCCAUUUGUUUUCUCGACUUGUGACGAGGAAGAGAUUGCUUAUUUAAAAACCGUGACUCAUCCAUUGAAAUGGUUGUACGAUUUAAUCAAAAAUGAACGGUUACAAGUGUAUUACUCAGCAAAAGAAUGUACAUUAACUUUAAAUUAUUCGUCAAUUUCCAAGGGAAAUUUCAAUUUAUUCGUUUUUUAUAAAUCUUGCAAACAAAAUGAGAAAACCAACCGAUUUUUCAAACACUUGUUCCAAUUUGACGACUAUCAAUCAAUUUCUCAUUUGAAUGAUACGGACACCAAAGCCAUGAAUAUCAUUGAUUUCAUCUAUCAAGAAAUUCAAGCAACGACGAUGCUCAGCAUCGAUGAACAUAUGUCAUUACCUCUACUAACUUCAUUUUUAAAAAAUGACGUUAUUAAACUGAAAGAUCACCAAGUUAAAUCAAUUCAUUGGAUGCUCAAACGUGAACGAGAGUUUUCAUCUACAAAUGUCUAUACUCCACUGCACUGUUGUCGUGAUCUAUUAGAUAAAUCAUUUUACGUUCAUAUUAUCGAUGGAGUUGUACUACAUAAUGAUGAAAUGAAUAGUCGAUACAAUCAAGAGAAAUUUCCGUUGUCCGGUGGUAUACUUUGCGAUGAGAUGGGUUUGGGAAAGACAAUGUGCGUAUUGUUAACUUCACUUUUGAAUCUAUGUCCAGAAGAUUUUCUGAAAGAAAAUAUUACUCAACCAGUCAACGACGACGAAGAAGAAGGAUCAGUUAAGUGUAAGAAAUUCAAAUUGGAUGAUCCUGUGGAUUUACCGUGUCUCUGUGGUAAAAUUGCGAAGCGAAAUUCCAACCUAAAAGCAGAUUCUAUCCUUAUUUGCACUCAAUGUUCCCGUUAUAUACACAAGAAGUGUUUUAUUCGAGAAGAAAAGGAAGCAUUCCUUUGUCCGUACUGUGAACAGCGUUUAUCAAACGCGAGUGAAUUAUUACCGACGAAAGCCACGUUAAUUAUUGCUCCAGGAGCGAUUAUUGACCAAUGGAUUGAAGAAAUCUCCAAACAUUUAGACUAUUCUUUGGAUAUUUAUAUGUACGAAGGUGUUGUAAAUAAAAUUCCCAUACCCGAUCGACACUAUCUUGCCAAACAAGACUUUAUCUUCUGCUCAUAUGAGAAUCUACGCAAAGAUAUUCAUCAUAAUGAAGCUUGUUCACAAGAACUUCAUUCAACACGAACACAAGUACGAAAAUACGAAUAUUUAAUUAGUCCGCUAUUACGGAUGAAAUUUUGGCGUUUAGUACUAGACGAAGCUCAAAUGGUUGACACACCAAAAGCUCCGACGUCGAUCAUGGCUCGGUCACUUGUGGCACAUCAUCGAUGGUUUGUCACGGGUACACCGUUUCAUCGUUCAAUCAAUGAUCUCGAAGGCAUAGUUCAGUAUUUAUUUCCUUCGAUUGAUACACCACGUGAUCAAAUGUCCACACUACUACGAAUGAAAGAUAAAGUCCAUGAAGUAUUUCUUUCAUGGGUGAUGGAUUUCUUGAAAUUAAUCACUCGGCGGACUUCUCAUCAAUGUUUGAACGACUUACCUGAACAAUAUGAACGUGUUAUACGUUUGCAAUUCUCUGAACUUGAAAGAACCUAUUACGAUCGAAUAUGGAACGAAUGUCGAGAUGAAUUUAAGCGAGAAUUUCAACAUCUAUGGCAAAAACGAGAGCGCGACGGAAAUGGUGGCGUUUUGCCCGAUGAAUUUGUCACAUGGACUUUCGAAUCGAGUAACGAAAUCGAUAUGAACGAUAUUCAUUUUCUCUCAUCUACUGCACGCAGUUGUCUGCAAACUCCAUUGAUAAAACUCCGCUGUCUAUGCGAUCAUCCUCAAGUCGGUGCUUAUGGUGUCCGUCAUAAUGAUCCAGCAUUAGUUCAUUAUUACAAUCGUUUCCAUUAUUCAUCAAACCGAAAUUUUUCCAUUCGCCAUUCGAAUAAUUCCUUAGAAACAACGGCGCCGUUAACUAAAGAUGAUCAACCAUUCACAAUGAAAGAUUUGCUUGAUUUAUUAACAGCACGUGAAUUGGAAAGUGGAGAGGAUUGUCUUCGACUUUCUCUGUUGAAUUUCAAUGGUCUCGCUGGAUUAUAUCUCAUUCAAUAUCAGCAUGAGGCAACUCGACCAAUCGCCGACAAUAAUAAUAAAAAUGAUCAACAUUACAUUCAAAUGGUCGUUCGAACUUAUGAACGAGUGAUUGAAAUAGCGGAAAGUUAUAAAGAACCAUUUCAUGCCGAUUCAUUUCAAUUAGCUCAUGCUUAUUACAAUCUCUCGCAUUCGAUCAAAUUAGCAGCCGAACUUACCAAUGUUUGCAGUAAAUUCACCAGUGCGGAAGCCUUCGAUGAAUUCAACAAGAUCAAACAGCGACAUCAAACGCAGUCUGAACACGAAAUGAGUGAAGCAUGGAAGACGUUCAACGAGAAAUUACUAACUAAAAAAGACGUGAAGAGUGGAAUUAAAGCUUUGCUAGAAGAUAUUUCCACACACAUCAAACCCAUCGAAAAUGAUAAACUGGAUAUACACUAUCAUGUUAAUCGAGAACGGCGUUUACCAUUUACAACUUGGAAUGGAUUUUUACUUGCAUUAGUUGAAGAAUUCGAUAAAUUACAGAGAAUUCGAGAGAAUCUAUUGAUACAUAUCGACGCGUUGAAACGCACGCCGAAUGAUAAUGAUGUCGCAAAGAUGAGUUCAUGUUCAAAAUGCGGUUUCGAUAAUGAUCCAGCGAAUGAAUAUAUUUGCAUCUUUUGCGAGUGUGAAGUAGUAAUGAAAAGUUACAAUUGCAGUCUUCAACCCGAAUUAUAUUCUGAGAAACAAAUCAACGAAGAUGGCGGCGCAUAUGUUAUCUAUUAUAUCAACGAAAUUCUUUCGAAAGUGUCCAUGCGUUCACAUGACUCCACGCGUCAAUUAGCGAAGUUAUUACGAACAGAUUGGAAUGAUCUACUGAAAAAGCUUCGAUUGGAGAACACAUCGGCACGAGCGUAUUCUCAACAAUUAAAACAUUUGUAUUUGUCGUUAGACGAAAUGCUUCAAUGUACUUCACGUUUAGAAUUUUAUGUUGGCGAUAUCAAAAAUCGUCCGAGGAAGUUCCUCAAUCGUUAUCGUUUCAAUGCAGAAUUGAUCGAAGAUGAGCGUCAUGAUUUUGAACAACAGGCGCUAGACUAUUUGAAGAAAGUGAUUAAACAUCGACAGCAAUUUCAUUAUUUUCAAGAACAACAACAGGAUUAUUAUCGCUCGAUAACAACGACGAAUCUUGUAUCAAAUCAGCGAACAAAAUGUCCAAUGUGCCAUGAACUGUUCGGUGAUGAUCGACCUGAUGUUUGCUUUUUUCUCUGUGGACACUUCUUUUGCCGAGAAUGUUCAUUACAAUGGAAAAAACAUGUCACAGGUCAGCAACCCAAUCGUUCACGUAUCAAAUGUCCAAUCUGCCGACGAGAUAUUCCUGUGAAUUCAUUGACUGUUCUGAAAUGGAAAGAUCAGAAUGCAUCGGCACAGAAAUCAUUCACUGAAAACUGUGUUACAGAUAGUAUUACGUCUCCACGAAUACGUCGUUUGAUGGAAACACAAGAAAAAUUGACUAUCCAAGGACGCUAUGGAACGAAGGUCGACUCGAUUGUUUCAUUCAUUCUUAAUCUGUUGAAUGAUGAUCUUCAACAGUCAGCAAAUAGUGCACCAGUCACGACAGUGACCAAUGAGUUUAAGCCUCCCGUGAAAAUUCUUGUCUUUUCGCAAUUCACCGAUGUGCUCAAUGUUCUAGCGACUUCAUUGAAAUUGAACGCCAUAUCACAUCUACAUUUCACAUCAACAAAAAUUCUUCAACAGUUUCGCCAAGAUCCAAGCAUCAGUGUUCUUCUAAUGCCACUUGGAAAAGGAGCCAAUGGUCUUAACCUAACGGAAGCUCAACAUGUUAUUCUUGUGGAGCCUCAACUUCAUCGAUCAGUGGAGUUGCAAGCCAUCGCUCGUGUUCGCCGUCUCGGCCAAAAAUUCAAUACAUACGUUUAUCGAUUUAUCAUUAGUGAUACAGCGGAAGAGGUUGUACUUGCCGAUUCUCGAACAGCGCAAGCAAUGCGAAGGAAUCAUCCAACAACUACAACGACGACGACGACAGCAGCAGCUGCAGCAGAGACAUUUCGUUCUGAACAUUCAUCUGCGAAUCGAGCAACAUCAUUUGCAGAUAUCGAACUAUUCUAUGAAAUUAAUAUGGCGAAGAAAAUCUUUGUAAAACCAACACUAUCGACAAUCGUCGAUACAGAAUUAAAUCCAACACCUGCGGAAUAA